AUGCCCUGUACAGAGCGUAAGGCUCUGAACGGGUCAGCCUACGUGCGCGGCUCCUGGCGGGUAGGCGGCUUUAGAAACCUGUGCAUCCCAUGUCUGUUAGCGCCGCCCGUGACCGCUGCCGCGCUUCAUUUCCGCCGUUUCCGGGCUACCUCCUUCUCGCGCGUGGCGCGGCGGUUUACGGGAGCGCCUGAAACACCUAGGGUUGCCGAGCGGGAACGCAGCGAGACGUGCUGCAUCUGUGAGCACGGAUCAUCUUUAGCCGUGUCCAUGGCUCCUGAUAAGACGGAUCAGAUACUAAGGGCUUACGGACCUCAAACCGCCACCUUGCGCUUCUUCUGCCACCGGAGUCGAUCAGCAUCCAAGUGUGGAUUCAAGAGUCGCUCGUACUGUGCGGGGGGACGGGACCUAUCCGCGGCCGAUACCUGGCUAACACUAGCGUCGCUUUGUCGGAAACGCAUCACCGGGGCUCUUGAGAGCGAGACCGACGCUCGUUUGCGCGCCAAGUGGGUCCGUAGAUUGCACGAUACUUUGUCGAAGAGACACCCGCGUCGAGCGGCGGCUGAGCUCUGCUUCUCCCGCUGUAAAGAGCAACCUGCAAAGCGGGUCCGUCUUGGCCGGUCCGGGAAGGCCGGCCGCCCAAAGUUGCUCGAUGGCGUUCUAGACGUGACGUUCUACAGUGCUCUCGCGGUGAUGGCCACUGAGGCAGCUGCAUCUGCAGAAACGAGGCAGGGAAGUGGCACGUCACCCCACCGAAAGGCGCGCACGAGUAAACUUUGGCUCCGGCCAGCGCAUUUCACUCAUCCAAACAAAAAUUCUCCGGCGACGAGCUCUCUGCCCGCGUUCUUCUCUCCAGUCAGCUCAGCUGCCCUGCUGAAAAAGAAGUGUGUUUGUGUGCACAGAAAGAGAAGUCGUUACUGGCUGCUGCAGGUACCUGUGUGCGAGUGUUGUGCUCUUCCCCCGGACGUCCUUACGCCGGCACUCUCUAGAAAACAGCGCGCUCGCCGGCGGAGAUGCCGGUGA